AUGAUCACCGAUGCCCUCAAACGACUGCCCACUGGCAAGGUAUAUUGGAUCUGGAAUCAUCGUCGAUGGUGUUUGGAAGACACCCCCCAAGACCCAGGAACUUUGGAUGAAGGCGAACACAUGGGAUGGGAGAAAGUCAAUUGGAAUAAAGAGCUAGAUGUCGUAGGAAGGAUGCUCGAGGCGGAUCCUAGAAAUUUUCUGGCCUGGAUUAUAGAAGAUAUGUUCUCGCCAACAUGUCCGAUCCUAACGACCCUUAUAUCCGAACUCGCCUAUACCACGAAAAAGAUUGAAUUCAGUCUCACAAAUUUUAGUGCUUGGCACCAGCGCUCCAAAGUACUCCCCUCUUUGUGGGCAGAUGGUGUACUUGACCCCGCUAUUUUGAGGGAGGAAGAGUUCGAUCUAGUCAAGAACGCACUAUUCACAGAACCCAAUGAUCAGAGUGCUUGGAUAUAUCAUCGAUGGCUUGUUGGUUCUCGUAUUGGUUCACAUCCCGUUCCAACUUCUCCGCAACCUGACCGUCAAUAUCAAGGUCCCGAUAGAAGGUUGUUAGAACGCGAAGUAUCCGUGCUUCAAGAGCUUCUGGACGAGCAACCAUAUAGCAAAUGUUGGUUUCCUCUAUCUCAUUCAUGUUCCUCCGAUUGGCCAGGUUUCCGCGAGCAGCGUGUAUGGACUCGCUUGUCUAUUACAAGUGCCUGCUGA